GGCACCGCGCGUUCGCCACCCGGCAUCGCCGGUAUAUAAGGGCGGCCGCCGCCCGGACAGAGACAUCAGAACUCGCUCAGCCAUCUCAGAGUUGAGUCGAAGAAGUCCUGUGGAGUACGAGCACACACACCACCGACCACCAGCUAUGAAGGUCCUCAUUGUUCUCGCCAUUGCCUGCGCCGCCGCUCACGCCGGUUUCAUCGGGGGCGGCCACGGUGGAACUUCCAGCCAACAUCGCUCUCAGGACAUCUCCGGCGCCUACAGCUUCGGCUACAACGAGAACCACGCUACGGGCGGCACCUCCCGCUGGGAGUCCGGUGACGGCGUGGGCAACAAGCGCGGCUCGUACAGCCUGCGUGGCGCCGACGGCCGCUGGCGCACCGUCAAGUACGUCGCUGACGGCGCGGGCUUCCGCGCUGCUGUGUCCACGAACGAGCCCGGCACCGCUCCAUCCUCGCCCGCCUCCGCUGGCAUCAACGCCCCGAUCCUCCACGUCCCCGCCGGACACCACGAUGGCGCCUACGGAGGCUACGGCGCCGGAGGCUACGGAGCCGGAGCGUACGGAGGUGGAGCCUACCUCGGAGGCGCUGGAUACGGAGCCGGAGGAUACCUCGGUGCCGGAGCCGGCAUCGGCGCGGGAGCCACCAAGGCGGCCCACGUCUUCGGUGCUGCCAUCCCCGGAACUGGCUUCGGAGGCGGCUACGGAGGAGGCUUCGGUGGAGCCUACGGCGGUUAUGGCGGCUACGGCGGUUACGGCGGUUACGGGCACCACGGCCACGGCGGCCACGGCUUCGUUAAGCAUUAUUAAGUUAUGUAACAAAGAAGGAUAGUAGUUAAUUGUGGCUUCAACUCGCCUUUAGUUAGUGUUGUUUUUUAUUGUUCGCACUGGUGCUUCGUCGCCGUUGUUUCUCACUCCUCGAUGGUCUCCCGUUCUCUGGCCCACUUUUGUGCAAAGACUCACGUUCCUAAGCGCACUCUUUGUCUGUUGCUUUAAUGCUGCUCAAUUUCGCUCAUUGUUUGCUUCCAUGUGUUCGCCAAGUAGUGUGUGUCGUGCUUGUUUUGAAUAAAAAGAUGUCUUGUCGCUGUGGAA